AUGACAUGUCCAACAAGAGGGGGAGAACUCGUGCAUCUCAUCGCCGUCAUAGAUCCUACUUUCACAAGCAGGACAUCGACGUUUCAAGUCGAGACUGAAGAUUACGACGACGGUCAUGACACCCAAUGGUUCGGACAGUUCAACUUGCUACCAGAAAAGCGCUCCUCGCUGUUCAAGACUGACCGACCGACCCAAUUUUGCCCGACGGUUUCCCAUCGCCAGCUUCAAAUCCAGUGCUCAGAAGUACGUAGACGUGCGGUGCUGCUUAGCGCGAAAUGGAAAAAGCUGGUCUGUGCGAUUAGUAUGCCUGUUCUUCGAGUUUUGCCAGCGGCGGAGGCGCAUGGGAAUUUGCUGCUGCAACGGCCCAUUGUGCAAAUAGGCCACCAUUUGCCAUCAAGAGGCUGGCUUUGGAUUAGCCUGAAAAUGACAACGACCUCCCGACCUGUAGAAGCCACAGGAGAAAACGCCUUGGCGUCGAUGGUGUCCAACCUCCAGGAGCCGGAAGGGGCAGGGAGAGCCGCUGCUCUCAAUCUAGGCUCAUGCAGAGCAGCUACGAGGGGGCGGCAAUGA